AUGAGGCCGACACCCCUGCUGCAGUUGGUGCUGCUUCUCGCCUUGCCCAGGAGCCUGGGGGGAAAAGGGUGUCCGUCUCCCCCCUGCGAGUGCCGCCAGGAAGACGACUUCAGAGUCACCUGCAAGGAUAUCCACCACAUCCCCAGCCUACCGCCCAGUACGCAGACUCUGAAGUUUACAGAGACUCAUCUGAAAACCAUUCCCAGUCGUGCGUUUUCAAAUCUGCCGAAUAUUUCCAGGAUCUAUUUAUCAAUAGACACAAGUCUGCAGCGGCUGGAAUCACAUUCCUUCUACAAUUUGAGUAAAAUGACUCACAUAGAGAUUCGGAAUACCAGAAGCUUAACUUACAUAGAGCCUGGGGCCCUAAAAGAGCUUCCCCUUCUGAAGUUCCUUGGCAUUUUCAACACUGGACUUAGAGUGUUCCCUGACCUGACCAAAGUUUACUCCACUGAUGUGUUCUUUAUACUUGAAAUUACAGACAACCCUUACAUGACUUCAAUCCCUGCGAACGCUUUUCAGGGACUGUGCAAUGAAACAUUGACAGUGAAACUAUACAACAAUGGCUUUACUUCAAUCCAAGGACAUGCUUUCAAUGGGACAAAGCUGGAUGCUGUUUACCUGAACAAGAAUAAAUACCUGACAGUUAUUGACAAAGAUGCAUUUGGAGGAGUAUACAGUGGACCAACCUUGCUGGAUGUCUCUUAUACCACUGUUACUGCCUUGCCAUCCAAAGGCCUGGAGCACCUGAAGGAAUUGAUAGCAAGAAACACUUGGACUCUAAAGAAACUUCCACUUUCCUUGACUUUCCUUCACCUCACACGGGCUGACCUUUCUUACCCGAGCCACUGCUGUGCUUUUAAGAAUCAGAAGAAAAUCAGAGGAAUCCUCGAGUCCUUAAUGUGUAAUGAGAGCAGUAUUCGGAACCUGCGUCAGAAAAAAUCUGUGAAUGCUUUAAAUGGCCCCUUCUACCAAGAAUAUGAAGAGGGUCUGGGUGACAGCAGUGCUGGGUACAAGGAAAAUUCCAAGUUCCAGGACAUCCACAGCAACUCUCAUUAUUAUGUCUUCUUUGAAGAACAAGAAGAUGAGAUCAUUGGUUUUGGCCAAGAGCUCAAAAACCCCCAGGAAGAGACCCUACAGGCCUUUGACAGCCAUUACGACUAUACCGUGUGUGGGGGCAAUGAAGACAUGGUGUGUACCCCCAAGUCAGAUGAGUUCAAUCCCUGUGAAGACAUAAUGGGUUACAAAUUCCUGAGAAUUGUGGUGUGGUUUGUUAGUCUGCUGGCUCUUCUGGGCAAUGUCUUUGUCCUGGUCAUCCUCCUGACCAGCCACUACAAACUGACUGUCCCACGCUUUCUCAUGUGCAACCUGGCCUUUGCAGAUUUCUGCAUGGGGAUGUACCUGCUCCUCAUUGCCUCUGUAGACCUCUACACUCACUCUGAAUACUACAACCAUGCCAUCGACUGGCAGACGGGCCCUGGGUGCAACACAGCUGGUUUCUUCACUGUCUUUGCCAGUGAGUUGUCAGUGUAUACACUGACAGUCAUCACCCUGGAGCGCUGGUAUGCCAUCACCUUCGCCAUGCGCCUGGACCGGAAGAUCCGCCUCAGGCAUGCAUAUAUCAUCAUGGUUGGGGGCUGGGUUUGCUGCUUCCUCCUUGCCCUGCUGCCUUUGGUGGGAAUAAGCAGCUAUGCCAAGGUCAGCAUCUGCCUGCCCAUGGACACCGAGACUCCUCUUGCCCUGGCAUAUAUUAUUCUUGUUCUGUUGCUCAACAUAGUUGCCUUUAUCAUCGUCUGCUCCUGUUAUGUGAAGAUCUACAUCACAGUCCGAAAUCCCCAGUACAACCCGGGGGACAAAGACACCAAAAUUGCCAAAAGGAUGGCUGUGUUGAUCUUCACUGACUUCAUGUGCAUGGCCCCAAUCUCAUUCUACGCUUUGUCAGCACUUAUGAACAAGCCUCUCAUCACUGUCACCAACUCCAAAAUCUUGCUGGUUCUCUUCUAUCCACUUAACUCCUGUGCCAAUCCAUUCCUCUAUGCCAUUUUCACCAAAGCCUUCCAGAGAGAUGUGUUUAUCCUGCUCAGCAAGUUCGGCAUCUGUAAACGCCAGGCUCAGGCAUAUCGGGGCCAGAGAGUUUCUCAAAAGAACAGCACUGGUCUUCAGGUCCAAAAGGUUACCCAGGACAUGAGGCAAAAUCUCCCCAACAUUCAAGAUGCCUAUGAACUGCUUGAAAACUCCCAUCUAACCCCAAAUAAGCGGAGCCAAAUCUCAAAAGAGUAUAAGCAAACAGUUUUGUAAGCUGACAGUGGUACAGG